AUGGCGAGGCGUGACAACCGAGGUCUUCUGGCCCUCGCAGGGGGCGCAUUGAUAACAUCUCGUGUCCUGGCGGUGCCCGUGAUUCAGGAGCCCACAACGACCUUUGACCCCCCUGACGCCACCGGCGAGCCGUUUCUCGACAAUGAGAACACAUAUCUGUUCAGCCAUGCCGCCUCCGACAUCCCGGCUCCAUCACCGACAGAUACUGAAGGAGGUGCCGCGAUCGGAGACUUCACACCCGCACCGCUUGUGCCUCCGGGCUAUCAACCCCUUGGCGGCGUCGGAGUCAACAGCUCCAGCCCCGUCUACGAAGCUACAUCCGAGUACGACCGGCAGUCGCUGAUCCUGGCGCUGUACCAGGAGUGGGCCGAGCUCGACUUCUUGCAUCAAGGAUUCGCCGCGUACACGGACAUGGACUUUGAGCAGGCCGGCCUCCGCGCCGCGGACCGGCACCUGCUGGGUCACAUGGCCGACCAGGAGAGCGGGCACGCCAACGCGGUGACCAAGCUCCUCGGCGGCUCGGGCCCGUCGCGGUGCACCUACAACUACCCGCACCAGGACGUGCACGAGUACCUCGACUUUGGGCAGAAGCUCACGCGCUGGGGCGAGUCGAUGGUCUACGGCUUCCUCCCGCACCUCGAGUCGCGCGAGGCGGCGCAAAUCAUGACGCAGACCGUGUCCACCGAGGCCCGGCAGCAGAUGAUCUUCCGGCAGUACAACGGCCUGCACCCGAUGCCGGUGCUCUUCGAGGCGGGGAUCCCGCAGGCCUGGGGGUGGACGUUCCUGGCGCCGUACAUCAGCCACUGCAACGCCACCAUCGAGCGCGUCGUCUGGCAGAACUUCCCGCGCCUCACCGUCAUCAACCAGCCCAACCCGGCGCGGCUGGACGCGAGCAAGUCGUGGAACGAGACGCGCCACGACGCCGCGGGCACGCAGAACAACGACGACAUCAAGGUCGGCGAGGCGUGCGGGCUCAUGUGCGGGCCCGGGAUAGCGCACGACCGCGCCAGGCCCCUGAGCUAUCCCGGCCGAGACGUCUUCCUGCAGUGGGACAGCCCCGGGGAGCCCGUCGGGCCCGACAGCAGCUACUCGACGAGCAUCCUGGCUGGCCCGCCGCUGUACGCCGCCUGGGUCUCGGCCACAGAGGUCACCUACACCCCGCUGCUCGACAUCUCGGGCAACUCGGCGCACACGUACCAGCCCAACGCGACCACGUAUGGCGGAGUGCCGGUCAUCAACGGCACAAUGUAUAUUGCGAUUACGGAUGCGCAGGUCGGCGUGAGCUCAUUCAACUUGGACAGGAUCAAUCCGCAUGUCGUUGCGCUGGGCAUGUACCAGGCAGGUUAA